CGCGUCGGCCGCCCGACCAUGCAGCUACGACACUCGCGCUACGCUUGACGCUACGAGCUCGGAACUCGUAGUAGAAAUUAAUUCAAUUACUUAGUGGUAGUAAUAUUAAUAAUAAUAAUAAAUUAAAAUAAUAAUUGUUGCCAAAUUGUUGUAGUUCCUAUGUGAUUGUGUUUAGAGCGUGUUAUUCAAUGUCCAUUCGCCUGUAAGUUUUUCAAAGUGAAACAAAUGUUCAAGAUGAAAAGGAUUUGUCAUCUCAUCUUCCGCUUGCUCUUCCUACUUGACGGCGGAGUGUGGUCCCUGGGCAACCUCUCGAUAUCGGUGCCCCGCGCGGUGCUCUCGGGGGAGGGCCAGUCUGCGAUCCUGAGGUGCUCUUACGAUUUGGAGGGCGCUGCUUUAUAUUCGAUAAGAUGGUACCGCGCCGAGAACGAGUUCUACCGGUACGUCCCGCGGGAGAUGCCACCGACGAUGGUGUUCCCGCUGCCGGGGGCUUCGGUCGAUCUAGCGCAAUCAGACCACCAGCAGGUCCGGAUAGUGAACAUGAACCGGCGCCUCAGCGGCGACUACCAGUGUGAGGUCUCAGCCGACGCGCCGUUGUUCCACACCGACAUCCGAUCGGCGCCGCUCACUGUUGUUGUGAACAUGAACCGGCGCCUCAGCUGUGACUACCAGUGUGAGGUCUCAGCGGACGCGCCGCUGUUCCACACCGACAUCCGAUCGGCGCCGCUCACUGUUGUUGUGAACAUGAACCGGCGCCUCAGCGGCGACUACCAGUGUGAAGUCUCAGCCGACGCGCCGCUGUUCCACACCGACAUCCGAUCGGCGCCGCUCACUGUUGUUGUGAACAUGAACCGGCGCCUCAGCGGCGACUACCAGUGUGAGGUCUCAGCCGACGCGCCGCUGUUCCACACCGACAUCCGAUCGGCGCCGCUCACUGUUGUUGAUCCACCAUUCCGAGCACCCCAAAUCACCGUCUCCCAAAGGAGCUACGCCAGAGGAGACCAGAUCAGAGCCAACUGUUCGGUCGACGAAGCCUACCCGCCCCCUAACAUUACAUGGAUCCUGGAUGACCAUAAGAUAGCCGAAACCAUCUCCUGGCGGGCCACCGAGCUGGACUUCAAAGAGCGGGCCGCCUUCAGCCAGCUGGAGAUCUCGAUCCUGGAGGUGGAGCACUACAAGAUGGGCAUCACCUACACCAGCUCCAGCCUCAACAAGGUCUACCACGACCACUACGUGUAUGAUCGGGAUCAUGAUAAGGAGGACAGUGAGCUUCUAAGAUACACCCUCAUACCUCCACCAUCGAGCCAGUUCACCCUGAGUUGCGUGGCGACCAUCUUCGACAUCUACGAGCGGAAGAGUGACGCCGUCUACGUCAAGGAGGACUCGCCUCAGCCCGCCUCCGUCACGGGAGAGGAUUCCUCAGGUACUGCGCCCUCAUCCAGCGCCAUCUUGCUGAUCGCCUGCGCGUGCGUGUGCCUGCAGCGCGCGUUAUGAUCCCCCCGCGCGCCGCGCGCCGCCCCC